AGGUCGUGACGUAAUAAUCUCGCGAGAUGAGAUUUGCGACGCUGUUGUAUUCCGUCUGGGUGAGCUGGCCUGAUGAAGCUGAGGGACUAGGCAUUUACACGGCGUUGCGGGACAUUUAAACAGGGACCCGGGACAGCGAGUUCUCUUAUAAAAAGCGGGACUGUCCCGCGGAAAGGCAAACUGUUGAGCGGUAUGGAUGUGUGGUCUUUGUUUAUCUAGUAGUGUAUAGAAAGGUGCUUCAAGCCACUGGGAGACAAUGCAGCGUCCAGAUCUAUAUUACUGUCUUCAUUCUCAGUGAAGUGGAAUUAGAAGUGGAUUUAUGAAUUUCCUUAGACAAUAAAGAAAGAAUUGGUGUCUCAGACUGUUGUUACAGUCGGGCCAUUUCACCUUUUUUUCUCAUUAAGUGAAAGCUACAACCUUUUCACUCUGUAACAAGCUGUGCAGUUCUUGCUCUAAAUAUCUCAUCACAAUUCUACCCUCAUUUAGGACACGUUUUUUCUUUUGCAAUUCUUUUAUCACUUUUUCUUUGCUUCUGCAAGGAAGGAUCUGUCUUUCCUUUUGGCUGUUGCCAUAUGUCUCCAAAAGUAGGCGAAAAGUGAAUUCUGCAAAUUUGGUCAUUCAUAACAAAGACUUCUCCUAAAUAUGGAUGAUGAACAUUAUACAGCAUUGUGACAAAUGAAGACAACUUGUUAUAAAGAAUCCUGUAUGGCUUGGAAUUUUCAACCAAUUUUGGUCAUCGUCUUGGGCAAGUAGUUUUGGUGUUUCAUAGAUACAGUUAAAAUGGCAGGUGCUAUCGCUUCAAGGAUGAACUUCACCUCUCUGAAGAGGAAACAGCCAAAAACUUUCAUUGUCAGAAUCAUUACAAUGGAUGCAGAGAUGGAAUUUAACUGUGAGAUGAAGUGGAAAGGGAAGGACUUGUUUGAUUUGGUAUGUCGUACUCUGGGUUUGCGGGAAACCUGGUUCUUUGGACUUCAGUAUACUGUAAAGGACACCAUAGCAUGGUUAAAGAUGGAUAAGAAGGUACUGGACCAUGACGUUCCAAAAGAAGAGCCAGUCACUUUCCACUUUUUAGCCAAGUUCUACCCUGAAAAUGUUGAGGAGGAGCUUGUACAGGAUAUAACCCAACAUCUCUUCUUCCUUCAGGUAAAGAAGCAAAUUUUAGAAGAGAAAAUAUACUGUCCCCCAGAAGCUUCUGUUCUUUUGGCAUCCUAUGCAGUUCAGGCAAAGUAUGGUGAUUAUGAUCCCUCUGUGCAUAAACGUGGUUUUCUGGCAGAAGAAGAGUUACUUCCGAAAAGGGUUAUAAACCUGUAUCAAAUGACUCCUGAAAUGUGGGAAGAGAGAAUCACUGCUUGGUAUGCUGAGCAUCGUGGCCGUACUAGAGAUGAGGCUGAGAUGGAAUACCUGAAAAUUGCACAAGACACAGAAAUGUAUGGAGUCAAUUAUUUUCUCAUUCGGAACAAGAAAGGUACUGAGCUCUUGCUUGGUGUGGAUGCUCUGGGACUUCACAUUUACGACCUGGAAAACAGACUGACCCCUAAAACUUCUUUUCCAUGGAAUGAGAUACGGAACAUCUCUUACAGUGACAAAGAGUUCACAAUCAAACCCCUGGACAAGAAAAUAGAUGUGUUCAAAUUUAACUCUUCUAAGCUACGUGUCAACAAACUGAUCCUUCAACUCUGCAUUGGGAAUCAUGAUUUAUUCAUGAGAAGGAGGAAGGCAGACUCAUUAGAAGUACAACAAAUGAAGGCCCAAGCUCGGGAAGAGAAAGCAAGGAAACAGAUGGAACGGCAACGCCUGGCACGGGAAAAACAACUGAGGGAAGAGGCGGAAAGAGCCCGGGAUGAGCUGGAAAGAAGGCUGCUGCAGCUAAAAGAAGAGGCUCAGAUGGCCAAUGAUGCAUUGAUGCGGUCAGAGGAGACUGCUGACCUACUGGCAGAAAAAGCUCAGAUCACAGAAGAGGAAGCCAAACUACUGGCCCAGAAAGCAGCAGAGGCUGAACAAGAAAUGCAAAGAAUCAAAGCCACAGCCAUUCGCAAUGAGGAAGAAAAGCGGUUAAUGGAGCAAAAGGUCAUGGAGACAGAAAUGCUGGCAAUAAAGAUGGCAGAGGAAUCAGAACGGAGAGUUAAGGAAGCUGAGCAACUCAAGCAAGACUUGCAAGAGGCUCGGGAUUCAGAACGUCGAGCUAAGCAAAAGCUUCUAGAGAUAUCUAGUAAAACCUCCUAUAUGCAAGCAGCAGGGGCCGCCAGCAGCAGCAGCACUGUGCCACCUACAGAUGUGCCAAGCUUCAGCAUGCUCAGUGAUAGUCUACCCUACGAUUUCAAGGACACAGAUAUGAAGCGUCUGUCCAUGGAAAUUGAAAAGGAGAAGGUUGAGUACAUGGAGAAGAGUCGCCACUUACAGGAACAGCUGAAUGAGCUCAAGACAGAAAUAGAGUCCUUAAAACUGAAGGAAAGAGAAAGUGCCAUGGAUAUAAUGCAUGAGAAUGCAGGCAGCAAACAGAACACAAUUAAAAAGCUCACCCUUCAAAGCACACAGUGCAGAGUGGCUUUCUUUGAAGAACUCUAAGACGUUACCAGGGUGCUCCAGACAGCUAUAGCCUCCCCAAGGACAUAAAGAUUCCCAGACAACUCUUCACAAUUAGAGGGGUCAAUAUGCAGUGCUACCGUUUAUCUUUACACUGGGAAACAAGGGGCACCCUCAGAUAUGUCUCCAUUAAAUUCUAAUAUUAAAACUGCUGCUUCCCUUUUGCUUCAUCGUAAGCUAAUUAAGGGAUAGUGCUUUGCCACAUAGUCUGCUAGAACUGGGAAAUUGCAAAAAUAUUUUUUUCAGGAAACUCAAGUAUGUUUUUAUUUGUUCUAAAGGGGAAAUUUUUUGAAAAAAAAUACAUUAUACUCAAUACUCAAUACUGUUUUUAUGUAUAAGAAUUUUUCCCUUUGCCUAUACUUUUGGUCCUUAAUGCAGUUUUUGGAAGGACUAUGACAUGCUUCUUGAAUCAGCAUUUUAACCAGUUGCAUACCCACUUGGCAUGAGUAAUGUCUUCCCAAUCUGUGACACUACAAGAAAGAAGGGAGUUAUUUGGAGAGUGGCCUUGAAGUUGUACUGACUAAUUCAGUUUGCGCUGCUGAAUUUAAAAAAAAAACUGCAGUAUUUUUAUAUGUAUAUUUUAUAUAUUAUAUAUAUCAUUUUUUGUCCAUGUUUACACUCUUGAGAUUCAAGAACUGAAGGGUGGCUUCAGUUAUGUGUCUUGUUUUCAAUAUGGUUUUUAAGUAAAAAAGAGAAAUCUAAAACAAAA